UCCCCUAUCGGCUUCGCCUAGACUGCUUCCAUGCUUGCGCCCCCACGGCUCUUAGACCAAUCGGCAGGCCCUAGUGCUGGGACUCGACUACCUAUUGGCUGGCCAAACCAUGGUGAGAGAUGGUGCGGUGCGGGUUCUCUGCCUGAGUGAGAGCUGUGGGCGGUUGUUAAGGCGACCGUUCGUGACGUAGCGCCGUCAGGCCGAGCUGCUCCCAGGUGAUUGGCUGGACGAUCGGACGAUCCUCUCUUAUUGGUCGCAGGCUCGCCUACCUCCGAGCGUGCGUAAGGCGAGGGUUCCUUCCGCUCCGUGUCUCCGUUGACUGGAGACAGGCGGAGAGUCGGCGCUCAGGUUGGGUGGCCUCUAGUGAGAUCCGGAGGAUCCAAGAAUUCUGUAACUACAAUGUUGUCAAGACUUUUCCGAAUGCAUGGCCUCUUUGUGGCCUCCCAUCCCUGGGAAGUCAUAGUGGGAACAGUGACACUGACCAUCUGUAUGAUGUCCAUGAACAUGUUUACUGGUAAUGAUAAGAUCUGUGGUUGGAAUUAUGAGUGUCCAAAGUUUGAAGAGGAUGUUUUGAGCAGUGACAUUAUAAUUCUGACAAUAACACGAUGUAUAGCAAUCCUGUAUAUUUAUUUCCAGUUCCAGAAUUUACGUCAACUUGGAUCAAAAUAUAUUUUGGGUAUUGCUGGCCUCUUCACAAUUUUCUCAAGCUUUGUAUUCAGUACAGUUGUCAUUCACUUCUUAGACAAAGAAUUGACAGGCUUAAAUGAAGCUUUGCCCUUUUUCCUACUUUUGAUUGACCUUUCCAGAGCAAGUGCAUUAGCAAAGUUUGCCCUCAGUUCUAAUUCACAAGAUGAAGUAAGGGAAAAUAUUGCCCGUGGAAUGGCAAUUUUAGGUCCCACAUUCACCCUCGAUGCUCUUGUUGAAUGUCUUGUGAUUGGAGUUGGUACCAUGUCAGGGGUGCGUCAGCUUGAAAUUAUGUGCUGCUUUGGCUGCAUGUCAGUUCUGGCCAACUACUUCGUGUUCAUGACUUUCUUCCCAGCUUGUGUAUCCUUAGUAUUAGAGCUUUCUCGGGAAAGCCGCGAAGGUCGUCCAAUUUGGCAGCUCAGCCAUUUUGCCCGAGUUUUAGAAGAAGAAGAAAAUAAACCAAAUCCUGUAACUCAGAGGGUCAAGAUGAUUAUGUCUCUAGGCUUGGUUCUUGUUCAUGCUCACAGUCGCUGGAUAGCUGAUCCUUCUCCUCAAAACAGUACAGCAGAAAAUUCUAAAGUCUCUUUAGGACUGGAUGAAAAUGUGUCCAAGAGAAUUGAACCAAGUGUUUCCCUCUGGCAAUUCUAUCUCUCUAAAAUGAUCAGCAUGGACAUUGAACAGGUUAUUACCCUAAGUUUAGCUCUCCUUCUGGCUGUCAAGUACAUUUUUUUCGAACAAGCAGAGACAGAAUCCACACUCUCAUUAAAAAACCCUAUCACAUCUCCUGUAGUGACCCAAAAGAAAGUCCCAGACAAUUGUUGUAGACGCGAACCUGUGCUGGUCACAAAGAACCAGAAAUUUCAUUCAGUGGAGGAAGAGACAGGGGUAAACCAAGAAAAAAAAGUGGAGGUUAUAAAACCCUUAGUGGCUGAAACUGACACCUCAAACAGAGCUACGUUUGUGGUUGGUGACUCCGCCUCACUCAAUACUUCAUCAGAACUGGCAAAACAGGAACCUGAACUUGAACUUCCCAAGGAGCCUCGGCCUAAUGAUGAAUGUAUACAGAUACUUGGGAAUCCAGAGAAAGGUGCAAAAUUUCUUAGUGAUGCCGAGAUCAUCCAGUUAAUCAAUGCUAAGCAUAUCCCAGCUUACAAAUUGGAAACCCUGAUGGAAACCCAUGAACGUGGUGUAUCUAUUCGCCGACAGUUACUUUCCAAAAAGCUUUCAGAACCUUCUUCUCUCCAGUACCUACCUUACAGGGAUUAUAAUUACUCCCUGGUGAUGGGAGCUUGUUGUGAGAAUGUUAUCGGAUAUAUGCCCAUCCCUGUUGGAGUGGCAGGACCUCUGUGCUUGGAUGGAAAAGAAUUUCAGGUUCCAAUGGCAACAACAGAAGGUUGUCUUGUGGCCAGCACUAACAGAGGCUGCAGAGCAAUUGGUCUUGGUGGAGGUGCCAGCAGCCGAGUCCUUGCCGAUGGUAUGACUCGUGGCCCAGUAGUGCGUUUUCCUCGGGCUUGUGACUCUGCAGAAGUGAAGGCCUGGCUUGAAACACCUGAAGGGUUCACACUGAUAAAGGAGGCAUUUGACAGCACCAGUAGAUUUGCACGUCUACAGAAACUUCAUAUGAGUAUAGCUGGACGCAACCUUUAUAUCCGUUUCCAGUCCAGGUCUGGGGAUGCAAUGGGGAUGAACAUGAUUUCAAAGGGUACAGAGAAAGCGCUUUCAAAACUUCAUGAGUAUUUUCCCGAAAUGCAGAUUCUAGCCGUUAGUGGUAACUAUUGUACUGACAAGAAACCUGCUGCUAUAAACUGGAUCGAAGGAAGAGGAAAGUCUGUUGUUUGUGAAGCUGUCAUUCCAGCCAAGGUUGUCAGAGAAGUAUUAAAGACUACUACAGAAGCUAUGAUUGAGGUAAACAUUAAUAAGAAUCUGGUGGGCUCUGCCAUGGCCGGGAGCAUCGGAGGCUACAAUGCGCAUGCGGCGAACAUUGUCACUGCUAUCUACAUUGCCUGUGGACAGGAUGCAGCACAGAAUGUUGGUAGUUCAAACUGUAUUACUUUAAUGGAAGCAAGCGGUCCCACAAAUGAAGAUUUGUAUAUCAGUUGCACCAUGCCAUCUAUAGAAAUAGGAACUGUGGGUGGUGGGACCAACCUACUACCUCAGCAGGCCUGUUUGCAGAUGCUGGGAGUUCAAGGAGCAUGCAAAGAUAAUCCUGGGGAAAAUGCCCGGCAGCUUGCCCGAAUUGUGUGUGGCACAGUAAUGGCUGGAGAGUUGUCACUGAUGGCAGCACUGGCAGCAGGACAUCUAGUCAAAAGUCACAUGAUUCACAACAGGUCAAAGAUAAAUUUACAAGACCUCCAAGGAACUUGCGCCAAGAAAACGGUUUGAAUAGCUUGACAGUUCUGAACUGAAACAUGGGCAUUGGGUUCUAAAGGACUAACAUAAAUUCCACGAAUUAAAAAGCUCAAUGCAGUGUGUUGUUGAGGAUGAAUAGAUGUGAUCAGUGUGAUGACUGCUUGGUUUGGGGCUCUUUCAGAGAGUUUUGAGGUUUUUCCAUUUAGAUUCCUCAGAUCUGAAAAUGGUUUAGUACUUUAUGUGUGAUGCUCUUUGGGAAGAUUUCAACAUGGAUGGUAAUCUACAGCUCGCUUCUGAAAGCAAAUACAAGCUGGAAAAAGUAUUUUCUUUUGAUGAAGUUCAUGGUGAUCAGUAUGAGACAGUACUCCCCCAUCCCCUGCCAUUUGAACGUAGAUUUUUAAAUUAUACUGUAGCUGCCAAAACCCUGAUUUUAUAGUUAAUUUAUUAAGUCUGGGUUGUAGAACUUUAAGAAAUAAGAGCUAGGCCUAUUUUUUGUAAAUUAAUACUUCAUUUGGUGCUGGUCUAUUUCGAUUUUGGGGGGUAACCAACAUUAUUCUUCAGAAGGGGACCUGCUUUCUUCAAGGGAGGAAUUAUUCCCAAACUAUAGAAUAAUGUGCUAAGACGUGCUAAGUAGCUUUCUAU